AAUCAAUUUCUAUUUCUUAACCGUCAGUCGCAGUUCGUUGCUUUGCUAGCUGACGGAGCUGCUCACCGGCCUAGGGUUUAACUCCUCCUCCUCCUCCUCCUCCGGCAAAACCCAAAUGUUUGUAUAAUAAGUAAAUUUUAUCUUUCAAUUACGUGAAUCAACAGUUAAGUAUGUCUCGAAACGACAGCGUUCGCUUCACUUCGUCUUCCUUGAAAAUUCCAGCUCUUCCUCCACUUCACGACCAGCAACAACAGCAACCGCCACAUCGAUUUCUUCCUCCUUUACUCUCACAAACCCUAGCUUCUCAAUUGAAUACAACUAAACUCUCAUUCACUAACUUCAUCGACUCACUCAUAACUCGCUCUAAACUAAAACGGAGCUCACCUCAUCGGAAACUCACCUUACCGCUUCUUUGUUCAGCUUCGCUAUCACUUCCUCGGUCCAGAGACUCAUUUACCUCCGAGUCACGUACAAAUUCGCCAAUCCUCUGCGCUGCGUCACUGUCUUUGUCUCAACCUACCGAGUCAGAAACGGCAGUGACUCAAUCGAAAGGCGUCAGCGGUCUGUCCGCAAGUAGAAAUGAUGAGGAGCGUGUUUUGAUAAGUGAAGUACUGGUGCGGAACAAAGACGGAGAGGAGCUGGAGAGGAAGGACUUGGAAGUAGAGGCAGUAGCUGCAUUGAAAGCCUGCCGUGCCAACUCAGCCCUAACUGUUCGAGAAGUACAAGAGGAUGUGCACAGGAUUAUUGAUAGUGGAUAUUUUUGCUCUUGUAUGCCUGUUGCUGUCGACACUCGCGACGGUAUACGCCUGGUGUUUCAGGUAGAACCAAAUCAAGAGUUUCAUGGACUUGUAUGUGAAGGAGCUAGUGUCCUUCCGACGAAGUUUCUAAAGGAUGCUUUUCGCGAUGGAUAUGGAAAAGUGGUUAAUCUUAGGCAUUUGGAUGAUGUCAUAGGUUCUAUUAAUGGCUGGUACAUGGAGCGUGGUCUUUUUGGCUUGGUUUCAGGAGUUGAGAUUCUUUCUGGGGGUAUUUUAAGGUUACAAGUUGCAGAAGCUGAGGUGAAUAACAUUUCCAUACGUUUCCUCGACCGGAAAACUGGUGAACCAACUAAAGGGAAGACAAAACCUGAAACCAUACUUAGACAACUUACAACUAAGAAGGGACAGGUAUACAGCAUGCUCCAAGGGAAAAGAGACGUAGAUACAGUGUUAACCAUGGGAAUCAUGGAAGAUGUUAGCAUCAUUCCACAACCUGCUGGGGAUACUGCUAAAGUUGAUUUGGUAAUGAAUGUUGUUGAACGCCAAAGUGGAGGUUUCUCCGCUGGUGGUGGAAUAUCUAGUGGGAUUACAAGUGGCCCCCUAUCAGGACUUAUUGGAAGCUUCACAUAUUCUCAUAGGAAUGUGUUUGGAAGAAAUCAGAAACUUAAUAUUUCCUUGGAAAGAGGUCAAAUUGACUCUAUUUUUCGCAUUAACUAUACAGACCCGUGGAUUCAAGGCGAUGACAAGAGGACGUCUAGAACUAUUUUGGUUCAGAAUUCGAGAACCCCUGGAAAUCUUGUGCAUGGUAAUCAACCCGGCAAUAGCAGUCUUACCAUUGGCCGUGUAGCAGCUGGUAUUGAAUUCAGUAGGCCACUUAGGCCAAAGUGGAGUGGAACAGCUGGCCUUAUUUUUCAGCAUGCUGGUGCUCAUGAUGAAAAAGGAAGUCCGAUCAUUAAGGAUCACUAUAGCAGUCCUCUUACAGCAAGUGGCAAGACUCAUGAUUAUAUGUUUCUUGCUAAAUGUGAAAGCGUAUAUACAGGUUCUGGUGAUCAUGGUUCUUCAAUGCAGUUUGUAUUAAAUGUGGAACAAGGGCUUCCCCUUUUGCCUGAGUGGCUUUUUUUCAACAGAGUAAAUGCCCGUGCUAGAAAGGGCGUCGAAAUUGGUCCUGCUCUCGUUCUUGUAAGUUUGUCCGGUGGCCAUGUGGUGGGUAAUUUCUCUCCUCAUGAAGCAUUCACUAUUGGAGGAACAAACAGUGUGAGGGGAUAUGAAGAAGGGGCUGUCGGCUCUGGUCGAUCUUAUGCUGUCGGCUCUGGUGAAAUUUCAUUCCCUGUGAUGGGGCCAGUGGAAGGAGUCGUCUUUGCUGACUAUGGAACGGACCUGGGAUCUGGCCCUACUGUGCCUGGUGAUCCUGCCGGGGCAAGACUGAAGCCUGGAAGUGGAUAUGGUUACGGAUUUGGAAUCCGCGUGGACUCCCCUUUAGGCCCUCUGCGUCUUGAAUACGCAUUUAAUGAUAGGCAUGCGAAGAGGUUUCACUUUGGAGUUGGUCACCGAAGUUGAGGCUGUGGAGUGUUAUUUUUUGUCUCUUAGUCCAGUUAAAUUCAUAAGUUUCUUGUAGAGCAGUAAAUUAUUUUCGGUUUAUACUAGUAAUUGUAGUAUCCGCUGAAUUCACCAUCUCAGCAUCAGAAAUUAGCUGAUGUAUCAUCUGGAUUUUGGUCAUAUUAGCUAGGUAUUUGUUCACUUCUA